AUGGCACUCACAACUUCUGUAGCUCCCGCGCUGAUUGCCGACUCCAGCCUGGAGGGUUGGGUCGUUAUCGGCUCCGGAGGGUUUGGACAAAUCUACAAAGCAAGACAUUGUCAAUGGUGCUGCGAUGUCGCUGUUAAACUGCUUCAUUAUGAUGACGGGACCAGCUCAUCUUUGCUGCGAGAGGUUGAAAUGAUGCGUCAAGGAAGCAGCCCAUAUGUCAUUCAAGUCCUUGGGGUCUUCAAGGGUCGACUGCCGACCUCUGGACCAUCAACACACCUCGGUCUGGUCAUGGAGUUCAUGGAGAGAGGAACACUGGCGUCCCUACAGGACACCUUACACGGAGCCCCACCCUGGCCGCUGGUCUUCAGGCUGGCCCACCAGGUGGCUCUGGGUAUAAACUUCCUUCACAGUCUCUCCCCUGCCCUGCUCCACCUGGAUCUGAAGCCCAGCAACGUGCUGCUAGACUCCUAUCUGAAUGCCAAGCUUACAGAUUUUGGCCUUGCCAGAUUUUACCACAGCAUCAAACGGAUGUCCAAGAGGAACACCGAAGAGGAAGGGGGAACAAUCAGCUACAUGCCACCGGAGGCGUUUGGUGUCUCGUACAGUCCUACACGGGCCUCUGAUAUCUACAGCUAUGGUAUACUCCUGUGGUCCCUUGUCACAGGGAAACAACCAUAUCCAAAUGCAAUGUCCAGCAUUGUGCGGUUUCGCAUCCCGCAGGGAGACAGACCUUCGCUGGAUGAGAUCAGAGAUCAGUCAACAGGGCUGACAGGACUGAUGGACCUCAUGGUGAAAUGCUGGGAGCAAAGACCUGCACAAAGGCCGACCUCCCGUGAGUGUACAACGGUGUCAGAAGAACUGUUUAAGAUGCACAAACAUGCAAUUAUUGAUUCAGUCCAUCAAGUGCUGAAAAAACUGGACCAAAGGGAACAAGACAGAAGAACAGACGAGACUCAAAGAUUUGAUAACUCUCAGACUUCAGCAGUGAACGCCGGAUUUCAAGGUUUAAACCUUUGUGAUAGCGUACCAACAGGACGCCCACCAGUUCAGGAAAUUGCCAGCGGUUUGGAUGCAAAUUACAGAGACAAAACACGAGUCAAAGAUCUGCCUUCAACCCGACCUACAAGUAUGUGUCAUAUUGACCAGACUGAGCGCACACCAUCAAGUUAUAAAGUGAAGCCUUCCACUGUUCAUCCCAUUCAUUCGUCUCCUCCGACUCCUCUGAAUUUUCCGACUCCUCCGAAUCCUCCGACUCCUCCGAAUCCUCCGACUCCUCCGAAACCUCCGAAUGGGAGGUCACCUCAAGGAAGACCAGCACACAUUUCUCAGCCGGCUCAGUUUCAGCGUCAGUUUUCCAGCCCCGACACCUUCUCGUGCCAUAGUCCCUCUACUCGUGGACUCUGCAUAAAUCUCAGCAACGUAGUCGGAUUUCAGCAAGGCAACAACAACACCAUGUUCAUCAACGACUAUGCCGCUGAGUCCUUAGAGAGGAGACGGCACCCAACAGCGCCAUCUAGCGUUAACCUUUCGCCGACACGAGGCAGACAGAACACAGGAGGAGCCGGCUGA